AUGCGCGCCGUCGCGGAGACGCGAGCGCUCGCGGACGCCAUCGACUCGUUCUCCUCGGGCGGUCUGAACGACCGCGCGCACACGCGCGCCGCGCUCGCGCGCGCGAUCGAGCGGACGAUGCACGAGAUGUCUCCCCGGUCCGUCGCGUGGACGCUGAAGGCGCUUCGCGACGUCCCGAGCGUCGCGGCGGCGCUGAGCGAGCGCGGGUGGGACGCGGUUGCGGCGGGCGCGGCGACGGCGGCGCGCGAGGCGCGUCCUCGACGCCCUCGAGCCUACGAUGCCCCGGACGGCGUCUCGGUGACGGCGUACGUCGACGCCGCGAGCGCGCUGGCGGAGGCGUGGACGACGCACCGCGGCGGCGUGUGCGGCGCGGACGACGUCGACGUGGGGGGGUACGAUCGCGCGAGGGAGGGUUCGUGGCGCGUCGUCGCGCGCGGGUUCAAAAAGAUCGCGACGUCGCGGUACCCGCGCGACUGGCGAGACGUUCAUCGCGCGUUCUGCGCGAUCGCGAACUGCGCGCCGCUGCGUCGCGCCGCGGAAGAGGAGGGCGAAGCGUUGUACGGCGCGCUGCGCGCGAGAGCCGCGACCGCGAUGCGUCGGUUUGACAUCCAUCAGACGCGCGAGACGUUCCACUCCGUCUCGAGGCUUCCGCGCGCGAUUCGCGCGUUGAGGACGCGCGCGGGCGCGGGAGACGCUGCCAGCCCCUCCGCGCUCGAGACGCUCGCGGAAGCGAUCGAGACGAAGUUCUCGCCGUAUAUCUACGACGCGAGCGGCUUGAAAGAAGCGCUCGUCGCCAUCUUAGGAUGGGAACCGCCGGCGGCGAAGAGCGACGACGACGACGACGGCGAGGGCGAACGCUCGCGCGACGACGACGACGACGACGCCAACGACGCCGCCGCCGCCGACGACGACGCGUGGCUCGAUCGCGUCGCCGCGUCGGACGUCGUCAAGGUUCUCCACACUGGUCCCCAUACGACCGCGUCGGCGUGGUGA